AUUAGGUACCCUAUAAUAAAUGGUAGCAUCUGCUGGAGAUCCUAUUAACCUGAGAGCUUUCAAAAAUUCAAGAUUGGUUUAUAAAUUAUGGUUUAUUUUUCCCUUCAAAGGACAAACCAAAUACUUGUGCAUCUUCCAUAUUUUCUUUUUUUUACUGUCGUCGUCUUCAAAAUAAUCGUCUUCAAUCCAUCAUCUACCUUACAACACUGUCGCAAAGUGAAUUAUACCACCUCGGUACUCACUGAUUGUUUAGUGACCACAUACAUUUUACUAGCAUUUAAUUGGUACAAUACCCCGCUAAGGUGCACUAAGCCAUGGCUACGGCCCCCACCGAAGCUCCAGAAGCUCCAGAAGCUACAGCAGCUUCAUCUCAAGCUUCAUCUCAAGCUUCAGCUCUCCCUUCCUCUUCUCCUUCUAUCCUCCCUAUUGACUCCUAUGACACGGCGCUAUGUAUAAUUCCACCCAAACAACUAUGGCCCACCGUCAACCAUUUGCGAGCAGUCCACGAUCCAGCCUACAAGAAAUGGCCACCCCACGUCAAUCUUGUAUAUCCAUUCGUCCCUGUGCACGACUUAUCGAAAGCUUCGGACUUGAUAGUCUCCCAAUUGCAGAAGCGAAACCAGGGCGAUGAGUUGACUGUACGACUGGAGUCAACUGGCUUCUUCACUAAUAAUCAGAAAAACACCGUUUACCUACAUGAUGAGGACCCAAUCCGUGCAGCAAAGCUCACAGGUCUCAGAGAAGCUAUUCUGGCAUCUUUAGGACAUGCUCCUGGCAACUAUCAAAUGCACAUGACGGUAGGACAAACCAAGGACCCAGAUUCUCUACUUCAUAAAUCUACGCUACAAAAGGCAGGUCUACUGCCCAAAUUCGAGUGGGUCAUUGAAAAGGUCUAUAUCAUGAUCCGGGAUAAAGACAAGGCUCAGAUCGAUGAAGGCAUCUCUAGCCAAAUGAAAGUUUGGGGAGAAAUCGACUUGGCAUCACAAGCAUUGUCGGCAAUGGAGACUCCCGUCAGUCCUUCCCAGCAUAAGAUGGCCAGUCAUCUUGAAGACAUCCAACGUGAUGUCACACGGAAUUCACAACUUCUACCCCAUCUUGCAUACACAUUCUCUCCCGCCGAUAAGAAAUGGAUACAGCAGCAGAUUGAUUUAGAUCUCAAGCCAGCAGAGCCAGCAUUGCAUUCCCUAAAUGUAGCGAGCUACAAUAUCCAAGCAGAACACCACCUCACUCCAACCCAGACUCGCUAUCCCAUUAUUACCAAGACCUUGAUGGAUUCCAUGGCUCUCUCGGAUGUCAUGGUCCUACAGGAAGUUACGGAUGAUUUUCUUAUGUAUCUUUGCAAAGACGAGAAAAUCCGCGAAAAAUACCCCUUUAUCUCGAACGGGCCCCCUGAUCAGGCUGACAUCCAGCCUCUACCAACCCAUCUUAAUGUUGUGGUAUUGAGCAAAUACCCUUUUUCGUGGGACCUAUUGUCAUCUCCAGGCGAUCACAAAAGUUCGGUGAUCGUAAAAUUCAGCAAUAUUGGAAAGCACGAAGAGGGUGUCUUCCUACCCGUCAUCUUAUGUGGUAUUCACCUUACCCCGGGUCUUUCGAAUGCUUCGGUCGAGAAGAAAAAGCAAGAGCUGCAGAGUAUCUUCGGACAUCUUUCCCAGACUUACCCUCAAAAUCCUUGGAUUAUAGCCGGGGAUUUCAAUAUCACGACCAGUGUGUAUUCGAUCGAAUCGGCCGUGAGGAAUAAGGGGAUCUCUGCGCCCACAAAGAGCACUCUAGGCCUGCUUGAGAUAAUGCUUACCCAGGAAGGGUUGGAAGACGUCUGGGUUCAUUCGCGUGUUCAGUAUGGCAGCCAAUCAUAUCAUAUUCAAGGCCCUCCAGAUAUAAACAACACACUGGGAGGUGAGGAGGGCGCUACUUUUGACCCAACAGUUAACAAGCUAGCGAAAAGUACCGUUUGCAACGACUUCGAGAAGAGACCCCAACGUUAUGCCAGGAUUCUAGUCAAGGGAAAUGACUUCUUCACCGAGAAGAGAGUUAACCUGUUUGGCUCUGAGGUUUAUGACGACUCUGACCUCCACAACCCCUUAUAUGGUAGUGGACAUCGGGGUAUCCGAUGUUUACUGAAAUUCUCUACGGAUCCAUCAACUCGGUCGCCCCAAAUCAUCAAUACUCCAUCGAUAGAAACCAAGCCAGCACCAACAAGCUUAUCCGAAAUCUCUACAUUGACAGAUUGCGUAUCGAAGCUUUCUAUGUUCCCUUCCGACGCUGUUAGUAAGGAGAGGCAAGCCGCAGUCAAAUUGCUGGGCGAAGUUAUCCAGGGAGGCGAGGACAGCAAGACCCGUGGUCUUCCAAAUUUUACCAUGAUACCUGUCGGAUCCUACGGACUCGGCAUUUGGGAUGCGGCAACAAAGAUCAACUGUAUUUUCCUUGGGCAAAUCAGCCCGAGAACUUUCUACGCAUUGGCCAUCCAACGACUCCGCAAAGCCGCGCCGCGAGGCAUCAGGAUUCUUGCACGGCUAGAAACUCACCUAGGCACGUUCCUUGAGCUUGAAGUGGAGGGAAUCAGGAUGGACCUACAAUACGGCCCACCACUCUCCAAGGCCGGGGCGUCGUCGGCCGCGUUGAUGCAAUCGAAUAGUGCUGUCCGGACGCUGUCGCAGACUCCUGCAGCGAGACUAAAACAGGUGCAUGAACUAGACUAUUUACGCAACAGUAUUCCAGAUUUGGGUGCUUUUGAGCUAUCAUACCGAGUUGUCAAAUUUUGGGCACAGCGACGCGGAAUUUAUGCCUCUAAUUUUGGAUAUCUCGACGAUCGCCAGAUUACGUUCCUGUUAUUACCAGUGUGCAAACUAUUGGCGCGACAAGGGGGCCCAAUAUCUGUCCCAACAAUUUUGACGACCUUCUAUAACCAUUACGCAAGUUUUAACUGGGAGAAGGAUUGUGUUUUCGAUCCAUUAGUUCCCAAGCAACCAAGCUAUAAAAGAUCCUCGAGGGAACCUAUGGUUAUCUUGAGCUUUACCGGUCCUGGCAUGAAUACAGCACAGAUGGCGACGGUUUCGGCAGUUCAUACCAUUGCGUAUGAGUUUAAAAGGGCAGAUUCCCUACUAUCAGAGGGCAAAAUGACCUGGUCACAGUUCUUGGGAGAAGACAAGGGCGCAGCAGAGUUCUUGAAUACAUAUAAGAUGUAUAUCAAGAUUACUGCCCAGUUUUGGGGCGUAUCUUUAUCCAAGGGGAAUAUUUUCGUGGAGUGGGCAGAGUCGAGAUGCGCCCGUCUGGUAGAAGAUCUAGGCAAGAAAGUAUCUCUCCUGAAUCCGAGAAUUUGGCCAGCACGUUUCGUACAUGGCGAUGACCCCAAGGAAGAUACGGAGUACCAGGGACACUAUAUCAUUGGCUUGGACACAGCGGGUCACCAAAACAAGAAAGAAAUCGAUGAUUCAAUAAAACAUAUCCAGACAGAGCUAGACAACUUCGAGGCCCAAAUCGCCAACGACACAGAGAACAUUGAUCCCAAAUGGUCUUGGCUGAGCGUUUCGAUAGUAUCUAGAUCAUAUACCGGAAAGCUACGACUCGACGAUCGCGACUGGAGCAAGUUCGCGGUUGAAGCUGAGGACGGCGACCUAGGCGACUCAGAAUUCUGGGCAUCGAUGGAUGAGCAAGAGUCCGCAGAACCGCAAAAGAAAAAGGAGGUAGCUAUUCGUACAUCGAAAAAGCCCGCCUACGAAGGAAAGCUCCGAUCUGCGGGCGACGUGCUCAACCGAUUGCGGUGGGAUCAGAGCAUGGACAGUGGUGACUACAUAGUCGGCUACGAGGAUCGAUUCUCUGGGGUGAUGGAGCGGGCGGUGGACUCGUGGAAGUCGGAAACGACACACGACGAUUUCAUACCCGAACAUCGGAUCUCGUACUUCAAACGAAAAAGCGACGGGGCGAUCGUGUGGGAUCGGGAGAAGAGACGGGAUGAGAUCUUUGGCAGUGGGGUUACUAGCCUGGCUGCUUCGGGUACGCAGGGCACGUUGCAUGAAAAAGAACCCUGAAGUGGCGGUUGGUUUUUUUUUUUUUAUCUCACCGCUUGGAUCGACGCAUGUAGCCCUGGAGAUAAGAUCUUGAUAGAUGGCUAUAGCACAACGCCCAAGAUAGGAUAGGUCUGAUAUGUGUUUGCAAGCAUGUCGUAGCUCCAAGACAGAAUAGGAAUGGAAUCCCCCCCUAAGUCAGGUGACAGAUCUCUCAUGCGAGCAAGGGGCGUAGGUUUGCAAGGUUUAGAAGCUUGAAAUGCAACGCUUUCUUUCCGCUCACACACACUUACCUAGGAACAUUUUAUGUACUUAUGGG